UAUAAAGAAAAGCAGCUUUCUAGUUAAUACAGAGUUCCAGCAUUGUGAUAUAUUCAUUGUAGUCCUACUGUCAGUCUAAGAAGAGAAUAUGUUGUCUACUGGUAUUGUUCUUUUGUGUUCCUGCGCAUUAGUAAUAGUAAAUGCAGCUUGGAAACCAAACUACCAGAGGAAAAAUGGAUACAAUGGUUAUGUAGGUUACAACGGCUACAACGGUGGUGCAGGAUACGUUGGCGGUGCAGGAUAUACUGGUGGUGCCGGAUACAAUGGUGGUGGAUACAAUGGUGCUGGAUACAAUGGCGGUGGAUACAAUGGCGUUGGGUACAAUGGCGGUGGAUACAAUGGUGUAGGAUAUAAUGGCGGUGCAGGAUACACUGGUGGAAAUGGAUACACUGGUGGUGCAGGAUAUAAUGGUCUUGGAUAUAAUGGCGGUGCUGGAUACACUGGUGGUGCAGGAUACACUGGUGGCGCAGGAUACACUGGUGGUGCAGGAUACAACGGUCUUGGAUAUAAUGGCGGUGCAGGAUACACUGGUGGUGCAGGAGGAUACACUGGUGGUGCAGGGGGAUACACAGGCGGUGCAGGAUACACUGGUGGUGUAGGAUAUACAGGUGGAAAUGGUUAUAAUGGGGUUGAGGUUGAUUCUACCCUUAAUGAAGUCGGAUUCGAAACUGUAGGUACUGGUUAUAAUGGAAACGGAAGAAAUGGAUAUAACGGAAACAGAGGAAGUGGAUACAACAAAAAAGUAAAGUCAUAUGGGAAAAAACAAUACGCCGAACCAAAAGGUGGUUACUAAGCAACCUGUCAACAAGAUUCAACCAGAUUGUCAAAGGCUAAUUCUGUUUUUUGUCCUUAAAUUUCUGUAAAUAGUUAUAUUAAAUUUUGCAUUGACAA